CGUCACUGUGCAACAGCAAUUAUAAUCCGCCCUGUCAACGGUUGGACGUCCAGCCGGCGGAGGCUCACCGUAAAGCGGGCUCAAGAAAGCAUGAAUCGCCGGCUCGAUAAAAAAAAUCUGAAAUCCUGUUGAUCAUGAGUGGGACCGUGACAGGGAUUUCAGAGGACAUGGAUCGACAGAUUGUACAGGCUGUUCGUGACGAGGACACAAUGUCUUCGCCCUCGGUAGGAAUGUCAGAUUUGUCGGACGAGAUCCUGCUGUGCAUCCUCCGCCAUGUUCCACUGUGUGACCUGGUGAUGAACGUUUCAAACGUCUGCAUUAAGUUACACACACUGUGCUACGAUAAGACUCUGCUCUCAAAAGUCAGCAUGUCUGACGAGUACCAGGCUGACGAUAUCUUGGUUCGCCACAUAUUGAAACAGAUAUCCAAUCACGUGCAGUCUCUCAGCGUGAAUGGCUGCUACUGGCUGGAUGGCGCUACCGUGGAGCACCUUGGCCGCUGCAGAGGAGUGACGCAUCUCGAUGUCACUGGCUGUCGCCUCACCGUAGUUCGUCUCUCCGGCCUCCUAUCUUCCCUCUCCCUGCUCAAAUCGCUCGCCAUCGAUGUGAUGGCAAACUUCAACUCUGCUCUGCUCAGUUCAGAGGCAGUGGCUACGCUGAGCCGCCUGUCAGAGCUCAGACAGACUCUGCUGUCGCCGAGUUAUGGUGUGGUGCCAUGUUGCGCUCAACUCCGCAAGCUGAUGCUGCAGUUUGACAUCUCAGAUGUGACCAGAGAUGGUCUGGGUAUCUCCUGUCAGUUAAUGAUGGGUCAGAGCAGUGUGCCACAUUACCAACAGCUGGAGGAGUUCACUGCCAGGCUGGCUCCAGGAGAGGUAAACCAGACCCUGCUCCUGCUCUACCUGGCAGUGUUCAGCGUUAAUGUUCCGAAGCAUCUCAGAGUUUUUCUCGUGUCGAUUCCCGGGCCAAACCCUGCUCACUGGCCUGCUGCUCCGUCGCUGGCUCAGAGUUUGGGUCAACGAGGAGACCUGGAGGCCCUGCAGCUCCCUCGCUCCUGGCUGGAUCCCUUGUCCCUGAAGCGAGCGCUGGAGGGAAACAGUCCAAAGCAGCUCAGCUUCAGCCGCUGCCCGGCGCUGUGGCCACAGGUGUUCCAGUCGCUGCUGGAAGGAGGAGUCAAGGACACCACCCAGCUGAUCAGCCUGAACCUCAGCGGGAUCAACCAGGUCCUUUACUCGGAGUGCAGGAGUGUUGAUGAUCAGCUUGAUCCUUGGACAAUGAGCCGACUGGCAGAAGGCUGUUCCAACAUUAAACACCUGAACCUGAUGCACACGCACUAUCAUCAUGAAACCUCACCUGGGAGAGUUGGAGAAACACACCUGUGUGCCAGCUUGGCCAAAUUCAGAAACCUGCGCUCUCUCACUCUGCCUGCCUGUGCUCUGUCAGAUGGCUUAAACUCACAUCAGAUCUCUACAAACAACACUUCUCCCUCUGCGUUGCUCCUGGGGUUAAAGAAGAUUCCACGUGUCGGAGUCCAGAACUUCAAGCCUGAUUCAGAGUCUUCUGUGUCAGGGGACAGCACAUCAUGGCUCACACAGCUUUUAGCUGGCUGCCCACUUCUAGAGACUUUGGAGCUCAUCGGCCCAGGUUUUGUCUCUGUGCUGCCUCGGCUCGAGCCUUGCAGUCGUGCCAGUGUGGAGCCUCGUGGUAUGUGUGCGUGGGCACGGGGGGUUGGCGAUGCACACAUAGCGGCAUUUGAGGCUUUGCCUCGAUUACGUCGCCUGACUCUGGCUGGGCUUCCUGGGGUCCUUAGGGGGACAGGUCUGGUACAGAUGGCCAGGCAGUGCAGAGAUCUACAGGUGCUGUCUCUUGCCAACAUGGGAUCACUAAAAACCAUGAACUACACUCCAGCCUUGCUGGACGCACUUAGAGAGUGUACACAGCUACAGGAACUCAGGUUAGAGCAGCCCUACUUGAAUGCCAACAAGUUAUUCUUUGAGGCUCUGUCCUGCUGCUCUCGUCUGCAGCGUCUCUGCCUCAUCUCACGCAGCGGUACCUUUGACCCGACUGCCACAGAAGCCUUCAUGGAGCGGUGCUGCCACGUCGUCAUGUGCCACAUGUUCAUGAGCGGCACCUUGGUGGCUUGUCGAAAACUGGAGAAAACUUUGAUUGACAGAUUUAAAUGUCACCGCGCAGCCCUGAAUGUGGUCAUCUACCCGUUACAGCAUGAAGACCUGCCAACGGUCAUCAGACAGAUCCCGCUAACGCUACUCGAUCGGAUAACUUUGUUUCAGAGCCACGUGGCCCAGCCGCCACAUUUAUCGCCGAUGUGACAUUAACAGAAAGCUUCAGUGUGAUUGGUGCUCCACAGCUGAGGUGUUCAGACUGUUCUCUGCAGGAAAUAAGAUUCACAGAAACUGAGUCUCAUCUGCACAUGUGUUCUUUGAUAGUGUGAUUCAUACAUCAUCAGCUGGUUCAGGCUGCUCUACAACAAAACAUCAUCAUCAUUGUUUACAUUUACAUGACAGAGUAAUGAUGGUGUUCAAAGGGAAAUUCACUUCCUGAAGCUUGUUAUUCCAGGACAUUUCACAUUUGGGGUGUCAAUCAUGGCUCCUGGGUCAAGAAUCAUUUCUGUUACUACAUCACUGUGCUUCUUUCAAAAUAAGUGCCAAAAUAUACAUUAAAGAUGUGUUUGUUUAGAAAACUUGCACAGAGGAUGUGAAUUAAAUGACGUAAUAAACUUUAUAUAAAUUA